UAUUUAGAGCACUUGGACACUAUUUGAUUUUAUGAAACAAAGGGAGACAUACUCUUACUCUUUUGACUGACCAGGUAGUUGUUAGAUUUCCCAUGAAAAUUUUUGAGAUAUUUGUUGGAUGAUCAUGAACUUUCGUUUGUUCGUGUUGACUGUGUCCAAAUUGAACAAGAUGGGCUCUAGUACUACAAGGCCGCCAACAUGAAGUUGGUGUGUCCAGCACCCUCAACACGCGCGAGCAGGACCUUGUCUGACGCCUUGCAUGCGCUGCAGCUCUGUCCUCGAGAUCCCGCAGGCCGUGCGACUCUUUGCGGUCGCAUCACAUAUAAUUGAAUCGUUUCUCGUAUUUUCUGAAGACAGCGCAAUGCGCUGCUAGUUGGAGCUGUGCCACCUAGUCUCGGAAAUUUUCUUCUGCGCACUAGCAUUUUGUACAACAGCGGUGUGAGGCACGACUUGUGUUUGCAUUUUGUUGGAAUCCUUUACGUUCAAUCAAGCAUUCGUUCCGUCAACCAAGAAGAUGUCGGACAAAAGCGAGUGUGUGAAAGUGGUCAUCCGUUGUCGGCCUAUGAGCAGCCAAGAGGUCCAGGAUGGGCGAAUGCGUGUGGUUGAUAUCGACCUAAAGAAUUGCCUUGUUUAUGGUUGGCAUGCCCUGUUGUGGCCUUCUUGUAUCUCUGUCUAGAAGAAGUAUCAGCUAGGGUCGUCCUUAACAGUGAAGUUUGAGGUCUAGAAGGGUAAGACUCGUCUCGCUCGCUUAACUUCAGUGGCAUCUGCAGUCGAAAAGGAAAAACGAAGCUGACACACCUGGUGUAUCACAAUCCACCUCAUCUCUCUGUCCUCUGACCCUGAUCCCAACGUGAAAAAUCCUCUGAAGAACGUCCACAGUCUGACCCUGAUGCAUCCCUGUCUGUGAACAUCGCGUAAGGGAACGCUCUGUGAACAACGUUGUAAGUUCCUCUCUGUGUGCAUCCUAAUUAUAAGUCUUGAGACAGUACCUCGUGCUAGGUAAAUGAAUGCAUGAAUGUCUAAGAAAAGAGCUGUCGUAAGCCAAACGAUCCGAAUGCGGCGAAGUCGUUUACGUUCGACGCCGUCUACGACUGGAACUCGACACAGGUUGCCAUAUACGAAGAAACCACGUCUAUCAUCGUGGAUUCAACUUAUGUGAAGACUUCACAUUGAACGUGAAAAAGAACGGGUGUUUAAACGAUGAUUACUACUACUACCUUUUCUCUUUUCUAUCUUCCUCUGGAGUCUUUCUUUUUUCUAGUUUUAGGUCGGCUCCGCCACAAUUACUACUACUAAGAUACAAAUAUGUACCUUCGUUACAGGAGAACGAAGUCACUGGACGUUCAUGGUCAUCUUCAGGCAAGAAGGUUGAGCAAGCUUUUGCUACCUGAGAGUUGAAACAAGCACGACCCAUUCCCAGUGAUGUUAAAGUCAAAUUCUCGCAAGGAUGAUGGCACAUCAUCAUGAUCUCAAAGGCACACCAUCAUCAUGAUGUCAUCCUUACGCUCAGCACUCUCUACUCCUUUCAUACCCUCCUCGACGGUUACAAUGGGACCGUCUUCGCCUACGGACAAACGGGAACAGGUAAAACGCAUACGAUGGUAGGGAAUUUGGAUAUCGCGGAUCUAGUCGGCAUGAUUCCAAGGGCUUUUGGGCACAUAAUGUUAUGGAAGGGCUUUUGGGCAUAUGUGUACAAAUGAGUAAGUACACAAGAAGUAGAAGGAUGUAGUUUAUCUUUAUGUUAUCCCUCGGAUGCCUUCUAUGCCUUGCACGACCCCUAGUAUUGCUUUCUCUCCUCCUCUAAAUUCCGCUCACAUCGAGACGAACACGGAGCAAGCGCAGUUUCUAGUGCGCGCGUCGUAUCUGGAAAUCUACAACGAGGAAAUAAGAGACCUCUUGUCGAAGAAUCCGAAAACCAAGCUCGAGCUCAAGGACAAUCCGGAAACUGGUGUCUAUGUCAAAGACCUCAGCGCAUUCGUGGUCAAAUCUGUCGACGAAAUGCAUCAGGUACAUUAUAAUAGAAGCGAAAGGUAGUCUACCUCUCACUCACUCACUCACUCACUCACUCCAUGACGUUUCUUGAGUUUUCUUUUUCCUCAGAAGUUGUUGUUGCCCCUUUUGAACUGCAUCGCGACUUCAUGAAACUAUAGGGUCGUUAGUAGUACAAUGUCUAUCUAUUUUCCUCAGAAGUUCUAGUGUCGUGAAAUCUUUCGACGAAUUUACGCAUCACUCAUGUUUGAUAUUUUUUAGUGGAGAAAGUUUGAAUAGUGCUCUACAACUGAUGUCUGCAGGUAAUGGCGCAGGGCACUAGGAAUCGGUCAGUUGGGCAGACGAAGAUGAAUGAAACCUCGAGUCGAUCUCAUUCAAUCUUCACGAUAACGUUAAGGCUGCUUAAUCAAUUCAUUCAAUCUUCACGAUAACGUUAUUAAUCUCAUUCAAUCUUCACGAUAACUAGAUGCUAAAAAAACUGCACUUAGUAGUACCACUUGAACUUCUAGAUGCUAAAAAACUGCACUCAAUAGUACUACUUGAACUAGAUGCUACACAAGGUAGCUGUAGCUCCUCCUCCAAUUACGAUCGAAACCAGCGCGAACGGACACAUACGAGUAGGGAAACUGAACAUGGUCGAUUUGGCAGGCAGUGAGAGGCAGAGUAAAACCGGAGCGACUGUUAAGGCUCAACUUUCAUUGGUCACCAUUGAGAUUGGGGUCACUGAGAUCGCAGAGGGGCUCUCCCUAGAGAACAGGGGAAAACGAAGGCUUGACAUCCUUGAUUGGUUUCGGAACAUCCCAAUGCGUAGUGAUAAGAAAACUUCGUUGUAUUUGAAGAUGGUCUCUCCCGUUCAGAGUCAGUGACCAAUGAAAAGUGCUGACCUUUAAUACUGGAGAUACGCUGAAGGAGGCAACGAAAAUUAACCUUUCGCUCAGUGCUUUAGGUAAACCAUAUAGUACUACUUGAAGAACUAGAUGCUAAAAAAACAAAAACUGCACUUCUUCGAACACAGGUAAUGUCAUAUCUACCUUGCCGGUACUAGAUACCAAAUAAGAAUAACCACAUAGGGAAAUCUUAGGCAGCUCGCCGAAUAGAUUCAAUUCAUCAAGAAUAACCACAUAUCUCAACAGGUAACGUCAUAUCUGCCUUGGUGGAUGCGAAAUCGAGUUUCGUUCCCUAUCGUGACUCGAAAUUGACGCGACUCCUGCAGGAUUCCCUAGGUGGGAAUACCAAGACAGUGAUGGUAGCCAACGUAGGUCCUGUCGACUAUAACUACGACGAGACAAUCAUUAUGGUGGAAGAGGCAGGUUCAUGGAAAAGGUAGAGGAAGGUUCAGAUUUAUACUUGUACUUCUUUGGAAAAGAAAGGCUCUUGUUUCAUGGAAGAUUUAUACUUGUUCUUUCGUUCAUCACAUGCGUCAACAAUCUCGACCAUGUAUUUACAACUGAUAGUUUUGUUCAUUACAUGCUGCCUCGGGGGCAUGCUCGAACUCAGUCAUCCGCACAUGCAAACAGCUCCUUAACUCUCAACAGCUCUUCUCCCUCUCCCUGCCUCAUCAUGAUUUAAAGGCAUUCUGGACUUCUUUAGGUAUUUCCAGUCCGUUCAUGCUUACGCCACUUCAUGUCCAUCUGCAAGCAGUCCAUCCAAGAUGGUUAAUAUACGUCUAGUAAAGGCGGGUAUCACUUGACAUCUUCUUUAAGGGUACUUAUCUUCACUUGCCAUCUUCUUCUAACUCCUGUACCUUUUUCUAACUCCUGUACCCUGCGGUAUGCCCAUCGCGCGAAAUCGAUCCAGAAUAAGCCGAAAAUCAAUGAAGAUCCGAAGGAUGCGAUGCUGCGUGAAUUUCAGGAAGAAAUUGCGCGACUACGGAGGCAGGUGGAACUGCAGCAAAGCGGAAAAACAGUCGUGGUCGGUGAGGAUGGAGUUGAGACUGUGGUAAGUGUUUAGUACUAAAUGCACAACUAAUAUUUUUUAAGCUGGUCUACUUCUAAAUGGACGACAACUAGUAUGGUCAGAACUGUUUUACUUCUAAAUGGACAACUAAUAUGGUCAGAACUGUUCUACUUCUAAAUGGACAACUAAUAUGGUCAGAAAGUAGAUGUCUUUUUAACUUUGAAUUUCCAUUCAGAAUUCUUGUUGCGGAGAUUUUGCCUUUUCCAAGGUGUAAAUUUUGGCUUUCAAGUUUGAUGUUCCACAUAUAAUAUUAUAGAUAAUUUAUUAGGUCGAGGAAUGUUGACCGAUCAUGGCAUUUCCUGUCCCUCUCACAGGUGGAAGAGCGCAUCGUGGAAAAAAUAGUGGAAGUCGAAAAGGAUAUGGGAGGAGCAACGGCACACGACGCCCAAGCCCUUCACGAACGAAUGAUGGCUGAAAAAGCGGCUAUGGAGUUCGAAGCUGCUCAGGAGCGCAAAAGAAUAGAGGAGGAACGCAACAUGGCACAAGAGGAGAAGGAAAAACUGGUAAAAUAUUCAGUUUUAUAACUUUUAGUUUACAUGAGUUAUGGAGUAACACUAUGCCAAAAGCGAACACAGAAAAGUGGUUUUUUAGCCAAAAAACGCGCAUAGAGCCCAGGGAUCAGUUCGGCGAUAUUCGUCUCAAAAUGGAAAACUUCCAUUCUGCGACGAAUAAGUAAAGCGCCUUUUUGUACCUCUCUGCUCUUGGCCUUUUCGUUCGUUGUGUUUCUUUAUCCAUUUUCUUGCUAAGUAGUUUCUUUAGUGGUUUGACGCUUAAAUAGCCCAGUGGGGACCGUUCUCGUCGAGGGUUGUUCUUCUGUUAAUCUUUCUAAAUCUUCUGAUCUAAAAACUAUGAUGAAUCAAUCUCCUCACCUCCAGCUGCAAGAACUGAUCGAAAAGGAGCAGCAUGCAGAGGAUCAGAGGCGCGAACAAGUGGAAAUGAUCCAGAAAGUGAAGCAAAUGGAGGAAAAAAUCCUGGCCGGCAGCGUGGUCAUGGAGAAAGCAGAACAGCAGGAGCGCGAACUUCUUAAAGCCCAGAGAGCCGUGACUGAGGCUAAGAGAAACGAGCGCAAGCUAGCGAAACUGGCUGAGCGGAAUAUCGACGAAAAACUCAUGCUUCAGGAGAAGUUCUACAGUGUGGAAGACCAAGUCAUGAAGCUGGCCUCAAAGCUGGAGAAACUGUGGUUAUGAAUUUGAAUAUCAUCGUUGUCAUGUCAUAUGUCUCCAACCUGAUCUACCAAAUCAGUUUUGAGACCAGGCCCAGAGGAAAUGAAUCCAUUGAGCGUACAGUAACGUACUAAGCCGGAAAGAGCAAAAACCAACACUACAAACAUGAACAUCGUGAUCGUUAUCUAUCAUCAACUCAAGGAGAUAUUUAUGGUGCAGUUUGAAAUAAGUAAUCAAAUAAAAUAAAAAUGUAUCAUUGUCAGAGAGGCUAAGGCUCCUGAAGAUGGCUCUCCGGACACAAAGGGAGUCUCUUCAGUUUUUCCGUCAAAUUCACGAAGCAAUUGCUACAGUAUAAAUUAGAUGCCAUGCAUCUUCUAACCAGAGACCGAUACCAGGUUGCACAGCAAGAGGUGAAGGAUCUGCAGAGCGAAUUUCAAGUAGAAAGGGAGGACCUACUAGCGACUAUUCGCAGUGCCGCGAAGGAGGUAAAGCUCAAAACUCUGCUGAUGGAACACUUAGUACCGCCAGGAGCAAGGCAACUGCUAGAACAACACUCUCGUUGGGACGAAGAAGAAGGGACUUUUAUGAAGAGGUCUGAUGAAAGCAGGAGAUUGUUCCACCGUGCAAAUACUACUUAGAGGUUCCGAGGUUGUUUUUUAGUUGAUGGUCUCGUGAACACUUCGUUGUAUGUAGUUCACCUGCUAUAGAAACCUUCGUAGUUGUACAUCAAUUAUGUCUCAACUGUCUUAUUUUUAUGAAUAUGAAAUUAUGCAUCAAGAUCAAGAUGAAUGAGGUUAAGUACUCGUCUUCUAAGAGGUACACGAUCGAUAAGAUCCAUCUCGCUGGCAACAACGUGAAUCUUCCUCGCAGUAUGACGGGUGGGGGGAUGCACACGGCACGUGGUGGAGACACGCGCUACGAGAAGGCCUCUACUCGCGGCAACGUCUUUUUUGUCUACGACAGUCGAGAGGGUAUGGUCCGUGGCGUAAAGGCAAAGUCGGAGCGAUCGACGCGAGGACUCACGUUAAGGCUCUCUUCUCACUGAAGUAGAUACAUCUUUUUCUUUAGCAGCAUCCAACCACAUUUUAAAAAAAAAAGUCACACGGAUCAUACAUCUAGUAGAUCCACAUCCAUCUACGACAAAAGAAAAGUAGUAUUAAUUACUUUCUUCUAGUUCUAUUCUUCAACUCUGGUGGCGUUGGAAUACUACAAUAUGCAUCUAGAAGAUAGAGUAAAUACAGUACUAUUCGUCCACAGGUGGUCUUGGAAUACUACAAACUACACAGGGAAGAUGCAAUGAACUAAAAAGAUAUGAGAUCCAUCGUGUAGAUCAACUGUGACGCCCCUAUGGCAGUCUGCACUGAAAUUUUAAAAUCGUAGGGGCAGUAGCAUAGUUGUUAAGGAGAUUAAGAACUCCCCCCUAUGCCGGUAUCCACGCGGAAAAUACGCAGGUAGGUUCUGACUUAUCGGAACUCGCUCGCACUACAAAAAAAAAAAAACGAGAUUAAUUGUAUUGUGUUGUAUGCUGCAAUGAACUACUUAAAAAGAUAAAUAUGAAUGAAUUAUGCUGGACGAGAGUGCUAAUGAUGUCAGCCCGACCAAACACGGCGUCACGGAAAGGUCGCGGCGAUUCGUCCACGAACAACAUGCACAGCACAAUGCAAGCAAACAGCUUCAAUAUGAUCGCUGGUGCUGGUGCGCCAGGUUUUGACGAUCAUAUUGAAGCUGGAGGAAGACGAGGCAGCAUGGAUUCAACCUAUUCGCAAAGUAGCUUUCCGAAAGCCAGAGGACUGGUGCCGAAGCAGUAAUGCUUGCCUCGUCUUAUUGUUGUUGAUGUUUCCCAUUUUUUAACACUUUUAUUUUAUGCUGUUGUAGCACAACUAGAAGUGAAGAAGUGGCAGCUUCCACAUAGAAGAAAUUUUUAAUUUAUAACAUUGAUCCUCCCCCGUUCCAGAGGAGGAAGGGCACUCUCAAAACCAAGCGUGGUCUAUGAAUCCUUUGUAUUUCAAUCUUCAUCAUCGUCUUUCGAGAUUUGUACAGAAAAAUACAGAAUGUUGUACUAUGAGUAUGUUGAAAUUAAAUCCAGAAACUAUGAGGAUAUACCUCCGCGCUCGACCUCUACUACGACCCUUCUUUUCUGCAGCAAUAUCGCUUCGUCUUGAAGAAAUAGUAGAACAGGUAGUUUUGAACAGCAAUAGAAGCAUGUUCACUAGUAUUAAGCAAUCAUGUGUAACUGUUGGGCGUAAAGGCAAACGCAAACCAAAUCUCAAACUCAAUAGGUUGAAUAGUCUUAGUAUAAUUAUAGUUUUCCACUUACACGAAGCAUGAAGAAAGAUGUCGGGGAGGACAGAUAUAAUUAAAGAAGCACGCCCGUCAUGUAAAUGCCUGGGUAUAUCGUCAUCGUCAUCAACUCAAUUAUUAUAGGUUAAGGUUGAAUAGUCUUAGUAUUAAAGUCAUCCACUUGCACUUUAUUUGUGUGAAUAGAACUAUUGGAAGUUGAAAGAAGAGAAUGGAUAGAAGCGGACGACCUCGUGAUUGAAACAAGCAAGACAGAAACAAGUAGUUGACACGACGAAGAGGAGGAUCCACGACGAAAAAAUAGGCAGGGG